AUGUUGACUUGUCAGUGCAGCAUAGGAGGACACUGGGAGUGUACAGGUGACCCAUGCGCGACAACAGUCGGUCCGAGUACAACAGCAACGCUGGAGCCCCCGCCAUGUUCCUGUCCAGAUGGAUAUUACAAUUGUGCUGACUGCUCUAUGUGUAUUCUUGAGGGUAAUGUAUGCGAUGGUGAGCGUAACUGCGGUGAUGGUUCAGAUGAACAGGGGUGCCCAUGUACAGACGCGACUGGUGUUGAAUAUCGAGAUGGAGCAAUGUACUGGCCAACUGAGUGCAAGUACUGUCGCUGUGAUAAUGGUGUUAACGUCUGCGAGAAGCAGUGUAAUGUAUCCUGUUCAGCGAAUCUAGCUCUGAAUAUGUUUGAAAAUGAUCCUGAUAGAUGUUGUGCAUGUACACAGAUUUCAACUACUGUUGUAACAGUGAUUACUACACAGACAACUCCAAUCUCAUGCACUGCUUGUCACUGUGUCCAGAACUGCGAUGGUUCAAGUAACUGUCAUCAAGUGAACCCAUGCGUUGAAGGCUGUGCUCAUACAUGUCCUGAUGGCUAUGUUUGGCAAGGAGAGUAUUGUGUUCGAAUGGCUGUUGGUUGUGCCUGUAUCUACAAUGAUAUCCACUAUGAAAAUGGAACAUCAUGGGAUGCUGGUGAAUGCCGACGAUGUACCUGUGUCAACUUUGAGUCCAACUGUGUCCCACAAUGCAACAUUGGCAGUUGCGCACUGGGUGAAGAGCUUAUUGAUGAUACAGGUGCCGGAGAAUGCUGCUACUGUCGCCCUGCCACAACAACGAUACAAACAACUACAAUCAGUACAGCAACAACAGAACGUGUUUGUGAUGCUGCUAUGGGUAUGGCCAGUCGUAGAAUUCUUCCUAGUCAGCUCCACUAUUCAUCUCGAGAAGAAGGCACAAGCGAUCCAAAUGGAGUUGGCCGCAUCGGUGGCAACGCAUGGAUACCGAGUGGAAACUCAAACUCAGAACAUAUCGAAGUAACUUUCCGUUCUCCACAAGAAAUCUCCGGUCUGGCCAUUCAAGGUGGAUCCAACAUAGAACAAGGCCGUGUGACGCAGUUCCAGAUUAGGUACUCACAAGACCCAGAGCGUAAUGAGUAUACCAAUUACCAAGAGGUCACUGGUACACAAGAAAUGAUUGACAAGGUGUUCACUGUUGUCUAUACCGAUGACAAUAAUGAUCCAUUCAGAAUAUACUUGUCUGAGCCUCUUUUGAAUAUUUAUGCCAUUGUUAUUGUGCCUGUCAAUUGGGAUACAAGAAUCUACUUGAAGAUGGAAUUAUAUGGCUGUGGGGAAUUUAUUCCCUCAACCCGUGUUCCUACAACGCAGUCCACUACAACUUCAACUACUACUCAAUCAACAACACUUGAAGUAUGUGAUUAUCCACUGGGUAUGGAGAAUGGAGAGAUUCCAGACAGUAGUAUAAGCUACUCAACAACAAGCCUUACCUCUGGAGAGGGGUCUGGAAGAUUCAAUGGAAGAGACUGGGAGCCAACUGCUGAUGAUGGUGACCAGUACAUUGAGGUGGAAUUUUCUGGACCUACAGUGAUCACUUCCUUUGAUUUUCAGAGGUCACCUGAUCCUGAAAGCCCUUACAUAACAGAAUUCAGAAUAGAGUACAUUACAGAGGAGGGUGGUAACUACGUUGAUGAUGACACUGGAGCAACAAAGCUCUUUUUGGCAGACCUGAUUUCUUCAAACUCUGACACCACUGAAGAUCUCGGUAUUACUGAUGUCGUUGGAAUUAGACUUGAUAGUAUGGAUGCAAAUUACACUGUCUCCAUAUAUGGAUGCCCACUUUCAAUAUCUUCAACAACUGUUACUACUCAGACGACUACAAUUACUACAACUGCAAGUACUACCACUAUUGUUACUGAAACAACAGUAACAACAGUUGAACCACAAUGUCGGUACCCUCUACUGGCUGGUGGUAACUACUCUAAUAUUGAGUAUUCCAGUCUGGAAAGUUCCCUGAACCCUGAUGCGGUCUACGGUAUACCUACCUCUCUUCCAUGGAUGCCUUUAAAUGCCGGUAUUGCGGGCAAUAGGAAUGAGUUUAUAAGGAUCACCUUUGAUGAGCCCAAAGACAUAACUGAGAUUUCUGUAAACGGGGAUGAGUUCAACAGAGUGACUAUGUUCACAGUGAUGUUUGGAGAUAGUACAGAUAGCCUGUCAACUAUCAAGGAACUGAACCCUAAUGCUGAAGCUGAGUCACUUUUGGAUAAGGUUUUUGAUGUCACUGACACUACUUCUGUGCGGUUUUCAUCAGUAGUCCAAGCUCAGGUCAUUCAAGUCAUUCCAUAUGGAUGGGUUGGACGUAUGACCAUGACAGUAGAGCUAUAUGGCUGUCCAUUAGGCAUCUUAACAACAACAGCACAACCAACUACGGCCGAAAGGUACACGACAAUAAAAGAGCUCACACCACCACCUACAACCUUUCCAAUAUGCUUACAGUGUAUCUGCAAUGAGGAUUGUUAUGGCAAUCUAGAGUGCCUUGGUGAAAUCGGAGAUCAUUGCCAGGACUGCUACUGUGAACAUGAGGUACGUGACAACGUCUGCGUACAGACUGCUUCUGAUUGUUCAUGCAGGGAUAUGAAUAAUACCCAACAUGCCGUUGGAGAAGAAUGGUUUGAAGGAGAAUGCCGAUCUUGUAAUUGUGACGAAACUCAUACCAAGACUUGCACUAACAUUUGCAUCACGACUACACCAAGUGGGACAACUGGAACAGGGCCAACUGGAACAGGACCACCUGGGACAACUGGAACAGGACCACCUGGGACAACUGGAACGGGACCACCUGGGACAACUGGAACGGGACCACCUGGGACAACUGGGACGGGACCACCUGGAACAACUGGAACGGGACCACCUGGUACAACAGGAACAGGACCACCUGGUACAACUGGAACAGGACCACCUGGUACAACUGGAACAGGACCACCUGGUACAACAGGAACAGGACCAACUGGAACAGGACCACCUGGGACUACUGGGCAAACUGGAUCACCUGGGACAACAACUUCCCAUACAGUUACUUCCUCUACAGGUGUUGUAACUAGAAUACCUCCAACUCCCCCAAGUACUACACCUGAAUGUUCCUUUGAUGGUAUGGUUGUACAAGACGUGUGCACUAAUCAAAUUUGCACUGAAGGAAGGGUUGUGCAAAUUUUGGCAUGUAACAAAGACAACUCAGCUUGUGAACCUGGUUUCCAGUUGGUGGACUACAAUGAUGGACAACGUUGCUGUGCCUGUGAGCCUAUUCCAACAUUCACUCCAACAACUCAGCCAAUAUGUAACAGGGAUUUUGCUCCUGGCAAUCCACAAUGCUGUAAUUUUAUCAGUGAAUGUUCCAUUGAUCCUUUAUAUAGUGGAUCAGAAGAUUGUGCUUGUGAGAGUAACCUGGUAUUCAAUGGAACUGCUUGUGUUUUUCCAACCUCCUGUCUUUGCAUGGAUAAUGAAGGACAACUUCGUUUGCCUGAUUCAUCAUGGCCUGAUGACAGAGAUCCAGACUGUUCAACAUGUACAUGUUUCAACAAUGAUUAUACCUGUGCUAGGCAACCAUGUGAACGACAACCAAACUGUCCAGAGGAACAGUUGGUUACUCUAGAAGGGGAAUGCUGUCCUGUUUGUCCUCCUUCGACAACUGAGUCACCAACACCACCACCAACAACAGAGUCGCCAACACCACCACCAACAACAGAGUCACCAACACCACCUCCAACAACAGAGUCACCAACACCACAAUGUUAUGAAAUGGCAAACGCUUACGAUUAUCGAGGCUCAGUACAUACUACAACCAGCGGUUUCACAUGUCAAGACUGGUCGUCACAGACACCGCAUUCGCAUUCAUUCACUCCAGAAAGUUAUCCAAAUGACGGUUUGCUCAACAACAACAACUGCCGUAACCCUGAUCAGGAUACCACUGCAUGGUGUUAUACAACAGACCCAAACAGAAGGUGGGAAUUUUGCGAUGUAGGCAGUCCAAGUGAAAGCUGCGAAAUUACUUCAACGGUGACUCCAACAACAACCGUGACUCCAACUGGAACACUACACCCUGGCACAACAACUGGAACACCACAUUCCCCUACCACAACACCUGGAACACCACAUCCUCCUACCACAACACCUGGAACACCAACGGAAACAACAGAAGAAGUUACUACAGUUUCUACAACUCCUUCAACAACUGAGUCACCAACACCACCACCAACUGAAUGUUAUGAAAUGUCAAAUGCUUACGAUUAUCGAGGCUCAGUACAUACCACAACAAGCGGUUUCACAUGUCAAGACUGGUCGUCACAGACACCACAUUCGCAUUCAUUCACUCCAGAAAGUUAUCCAAAUGAUGGUUUGCUCAACAACAACAACUGCCGUAACCCCGAUCAGGAUGACACCGCAUGGUGUUAUACAACGGACCCAAACAGAAGGUGGGAAUUUUGCGAUGUAGGCAGUCCAAGUGAAAGCUGCGCUUCUUCAACAACUGAGUCACCAACACCACCACCAACCACAGAGUCACCAACACCACCACCAACCACAGAGUCACCAACACCACCACCACCAACAACAACAACUGAGUCACCAACACCACCACCAACUGAGUGUUAUGAAAUGUCAAACGCUUACGAUUAUCGAGGCUCAGUACAUACCACAACCAGCGGUUUCACAUGUCAAGACUGGUCGUCACAGACACCGCAUUCGCAUUCAUACACUCCAGAAAGUUAUCCAAAUGACGGUUUGCUCAACAACAACAACUGCCGUAACCCUGAUCAGGAUAACACCGCAUGGUGUUAUACAACGGACCCAAACAGAAGGUGGGAAUUUUGCGAUGUAGGCAGUCCAAGUGAAAGCUGCGCUUCUUCGACAACUGAGUCACCAACACCACCACCAACAACAGAGUCACCAACACCACCACCACCAACAACAACAACUGAGUCACCAACACCACCACCAACUGAGUGUUAUGAAAUGUCAAACGCUUACGAUUAUCGAGGCUCAGUACAUACCACAACCAGCGGUUUCACAUGUCAAGACUGGUCGUCACAGACACCGCAUUCGCAUUCAUUCACUCCAGAAAGUUAUCCAAAUGACGGUUUGCUCAACAACAACAACUGCCGUAACCCUGAUCAGGAUACCACCGCAUGGUGUUAUACAACGGACCCAAACAGAAGGUGGGAAUUUUGCGAUGUAGGCAGUCCAAGUGAAAGCUGCGAAGUUGUAUCAACAACAAGGCAGGUUUCUACACCAGGUUCAACAUGUCCUGAGGGACGAGUUCCAUCUGAUUGCUACUGCACUCUUACCUGUAGUGAUCUCGCUGAUGGUAUUGAGAUGUGUGACACCUCUAGUGGUUGUACGCCGGGAUGUAAUUGUGCACCAGGCUUGGUAGAACACAAUGGUUUCUGCAUUGAAAUGACCGAAUGUCCAUGCUAUGAUUCUGAGUCCAAUGAGUUCUACCAGCUUUUAUCUACCUGGCGUCAGGGUAAUUGCCAUGUUUGUGUAUGCCAAGCAACACAGAUCGAGUGUUCUCAGAGUGAAUGUAACUUGCAGAGCUGUCCAGCAGGAUAUGAGAUUCAAACCACAGCUGAUCGCUGUUGUGAAUGUGCACUAAUCCAAACAACGGUCAUACCCACCACCAGUAUCAAUCCUUGUUUCCUGCCAUAUGUUUACCGAGAAACAUGUGAUUGUCAUACAACCUGUGAAAAUCGCAACUUUGUAUGCCAAGAGGGCUGUGAAAGCGGUUGCUUCUGCCCUGAGGGAAUGGUAAGGAAUGAAGACUCGUGCGUUCUGCCUGAACAUUGCCCCUGUGAUUAUGACGGCGUGGUAUUGCAGUACCAGGAAGCCAUCCAAGUAUCAGAUUGUACCACUUGUCAAUGUGAGGAAAAUGGAGAAGUUAAUUGUACAAAAACCUGUGGUAUUGAGGAAUGCGGAAAUAAUCAGAUUCUGAUUGAACCAGAUGGUAUAAGGUGUUGUUAUUGUGAAACAAUGACCACCCUUACAUCAACAACACUCUCCACACUGAUUACAACCAUCACAGGAAGCAAUACAACAGUAAUUGGUACGACAUCGUAUUGCGAUGGCUGUUUAAGUGGAGAUCACUGUAUCCCUGUGGGAGACUCAUUUACAGUUGAUGAAUGCACAAAUUGUACUUGUGAAUCAGUAGGCCAAGAACUUUGUAUGACUCAGUCUUGUGAGAUCAGUGAAUGUCCACCGAAUUAUAUUGCCUGGACAGAUGAGGGUAGGUGCUGUCCAACAUGUCAAUAUACAACUUGCGAAGGAUUACAUUUGUUCUCAUGUGGUCCAAGUGACUGCACUAACCAAAUUAACCGGUGUGAUGACGUGUGUGACUGUCCUCCAAGGUGCAGAGAUGAGGCAGGGUGUAAUGAAUUAACUACAUUAACAACUCAGACAACAACUGAAAUACCUCAUCCACCACCAGCUUGCCCACAUGGCCAGAUUCCUGUACAAUGUCCAGCUGAUUCAGGAUGCAGACCUGAUGUUUGCAACAAUGUCAAUUGCUUGGUGGAAAGUGACAGGAGCAUAUGUUGCAAGUGUAUUGGUGACGAUCGAUUUUACGAUGGAACACAUUGUGUCCCUGAGCAUAGCUGUACAUGUGUACACGAAGGCCAACAAUAUGCCUACAGAGAGACAUGGCGUUCAGCCACAGCAGAGUGUGAAGAGUGUCUCUGCCUGGGUACAUCUGUUUCAUGUUAUACCCUGGACCGCUGUGAAAUUACAACACCCCCUGUUACUACUCUUCCACCUCCAACAACUGCUACUGCAUCACCAACCACUCCUGUUCCAUCAACAACAUUGGAAAGUUGUGGAAAUAUGUGUAGUUGUCGGCUUGAUUGUCGUGGACAACUUAUAAACCCGGAAUGUCCAUCCCAAGUUGGCCCACGUUGCAGUCGAUGUAUUUGUCCAGACAACACUAUUGAUUCAAGCAGCUAUUGUGCUGUGCCUGCCGAUGAUUGUACAACAACGGUAGUUACAACAAUAUUGCCAACAACAACAGCAACUCCAUGUAACCAUCCAGAAAAUUGUGUAUAUUUGCUAACAUGUGAUGAAAUACACUUAAGUGAUGCUGAACUGGCAGCACGUGCUGCAGCUGCUUUGGAGCCAGCCUGUUUGGAGCAUUGUCUGUGUCCAACUGACAGUGUCCCAUUAGACGGCGCUUGUAUACGCAUGAAUCACACAUGUACAUGUGAGGAUGAAGAUAGCGAACCCUACACAAUUGGCAACUGUUUGACCUGUCAAUGCACAUUCUUGCCAAGAUUGGAUGCAUGGGCUGAGGAAUGUGAGGAAGGUUGUGUACUCAGUGAUACAGAUUGUUCAGAGGGAGAACGUGUUGAAAAUACUGAGGAUGGAUGCUGCGAGUGUGCUCCGUUUAUAACAACAACCACCACAAUUACACCAGAGACUACUACAACUGUGACAGUUUCAACAACUGCAACACCAAUAACAUCUCGAUUCCCGAGUACCACACCUACUAUCCCCGUGAUAACAACAACUCGGCCACCAACUACCACAACUGAGACAACAACCACAGUUAUAUCAACUACACCAACGCCCACUGCGACUCCUCGAGUCUGUGAAGAUAUUCUUGGCAUGGAUACACCUCUGGAGGGAGACAGAACCAGUUCAUCUGGCGAAGAGACAGGUGAGUCUACCAAUUUGGAAGGGCCUGAUCCCAAUCCUGAUGACGAUAUUGAGGAGGAUGGCUGGAUUGAGAUUGUUUAUGAUGAACCAGUCCGUAUUGAUGUUGUGAAGGUUAAGGGCUCCGAUAAUGGCUAUGUUGGAACAUAUGAAAUUGAGUAUACUACCACAACCUCGGAUAAUCCAGUGUCAGUUGAAGAAGAUGGCAUUACCAAGGUGUUCAUAAUGGAUGACCCAUUGCCAAGGGAUAUUCCUCUUGAUGAAGAACUUAGACAUGUUACAAGCAUCAAAGUAAUCAUCACUUCAGUGGUAGAAGACGUCCGUCCUAUUAUCCACAUUGACUUUGUCGGCUGUGAUGAACGAGAGACAACCACAACGCUUACUACUGCUUCAACAACAACUCUUUCGACAUCGACGUCAACAACAGUACAUACGCCAACACCUAGUACUACCAUGAGUACCACACCAACAUCUGUUACUCCCACAGUUGAACCGCUGUGUGGUUUGGUAGACUCAAAGUUGAAUAACUAUGAAACAGAGAGAACGGUUGACACACUCGAGGAUAGUUUAAUGAGAUCUGCGAUCGGUGCUUUGCAACCAUGGGCUCCAGAUACAUCAAGCCCAUCUAGCUCUAUUACCAUCAGUCUUAGUGGACCAGCCACUUUGUCUGAAUUAGAUUUUGAAACUGCCGGUUACAUUGGAACAUCUAGUGUUACAAUUAUGAUACAGACAACAGACCAGGCUAACUCCCAGCCAGUCAAUGAAGUAGGCACUGACACACAACAGGUUUACACUGUUGAUUUCUCUGAUGGAAGACGAGUAGUUACACUAAACAGCGAAGAGUUAACAGAUGUUGUGUCUGUGACAGUGACAUUUACCGUUCCAACACAAAUUGGCAAUGAUGCUGUUGUAGGUCUUAACAUCAUUGGAUGUAUGGAAAAUGUUGAAAGCACCACUGUGGUAACCACUGCAUCUACUACUGCCCCGACUAGCUUCUCAACAAUGGUCUCAACCGUGACAACAACGCCACACUCAACUGUUUCAAGAUCAACUGUAACCACCACUGGUCCAUGUUCCGAGAUCCUCGAGGAUCUUAUUUAUACAACUCGUCUAACAAUCGAUGGUCAAGGAGAUUUGACUAAAUUUGCCUCUACUGAACCAUGGCAACCAGAAUAUUUUGAUCCAGCAGUCACCAUCUUCUAUGAUGUUCCAGUCCGUGUGACCGGAUUCUUGACCAAAGGUGCAAAUGGUGGUGCAAUCGGAUCCUUCAAUGUCCAGUAUAAACAUGAAUUAGAUGAAGAAUUUAUUCAGAUCCCGGGACCUGAUAUUGGAGAAAAGGUCUUUGUUGUUGAACCUCCAGCCACCAUGAAUACAGAAGUUCAAACUGACCUUGCAUCACCGCUUUUGAAUGUUAGAAUUGUCAAGAUAUUUAUUACAGGGAAUAUUGGGGAAGGUACUUUCCCCCCACCUGUGAUGGUCGAACCGCUUGGGUGUAUUGAAGAAAUUGCUACAUCAACAAUGUCUACAACAACACGUAUUACAACAACAGGUAAACUUACUUUUACUAUUAGUCUAUCUAUGAAAAAAUAG